UGUUAAUUAGCGUUUGCAGAUUGGUUACGUUGGCCUUUACGGGUUCUAUAGGCAUGACGAUGGUCAUCCUGGCCUGCAGCCUCCCUCAAUACAAGUUAUGGUGGCCUUUCUUCGUGGUUUUGUUCUACGUGUUGGCCCCCAUUCCCACUCUCCUGGCACGGAGGUACACAGAGCACCAAGGCUCGAGUAAUUCGUGUCUCGAGACGGCGAUUUUUCUCACAAUGGGGCUCAUUGUGAGCGCCUUUGCCCUGCCGAUUGUCUUGGCCAGGGUGGCUGUUAUCCAGUGGGGGGCGUGUUACUUGACACUGGCCGGGAACGUGGUCAUCUUUGCCACCCUUCUCGGGUUCUUUCUCACGUUCGAUCAAGACGAUUCUGAUUAUAAUAUGUGGUAGUGUAAUAAACCCAAGAUGUACUCAUAACUAUUUUACUUAUUUAAAUGUAUGUAAGCUUAAUCUUUUGUAAAGCUAAUAGAUAGGUUUCCCCAACAAA